AACGAAUCAUAUCAAUGCCGCACGCUUGUGCCUGACAAUCCCCGACUUAUCGUGGUCAUACACAAUAUCUGCGUCCAUGUGAACAGUACCCGAUGACUUAAUUAGUGACUCGGCCGAGUGCGGCAGUGCGUAAUACUGGGCGAGAGCAUGGCGUUUGCCAGUGACAGUGUCCAACGUAACCUGCAGGUGAUCCUCGGAGUGCUGGCCGUCCGUAGACUAGCUCUGCAAGUGAAACGGUAGUGCCGGUGAUGUUUCCACAAACAUGGAACCAUGGAAACCAUAGUCGAGGAUCAGGAAUCAGAGUAUGAACUCGACAAGGUAAAAAAGAAAUACGCCAGCCUGGGUCACACCAUCCUGAUGGUGCAGCUAGAGCGCAGCAACCAAGGCCUCGGGCUGAGCCUGGCUGGACACAAGGACCGCAACUGUAUGGCCGUCUUCGUCUGCGGACUCAACCCCAAUGGCGCUGCCUACAAGACAGGUGGCAUCCAGAUAGGGGACGAGAUUCUUGAAGUGAAUGGUGUGGUUUUACAUGGUCGUUGCCAUCUAAAUGCUUCGGCUAUUAUUAAAGGCCUAUCCGGACCAAUAUUUAAAGUUAUAAUAUUAAGGCGAAAAACUGCCAUCGAUGACAUCGCUGUUAAACCCAUCACACAGUUCCCUAUUUCGUUGGCAGAGGAGGCCUCCGAAGAACAAUUUAGUGCUAGCUAUCCAAAUGUGCGCACCAUCGCUAUCAAAAAGCAGGGAAACCAAAGUUUAGGUAUUAUGAUAAUUGAGGGGAAACAUGCGGAAGUUGGACAAGGCAUUUUUAUCUCUGACAUUCAAGAGGGCAGUUCAGCGGAAAAGGCUGGCCUAGAAAUUGGAGAAAUGAUAUUGGCUGUCAAUAAAGAUUCUCUAGUUGGUUCCAAUUAUGAUACGGCCGCCAAUCUGCUGAAGAGAACGGAAGGUCUGGUAACUCUAGUGGUAUCGAACCCUGGCAAGAGGGAAUCUGUUCCGUCUCCAUUACCUGCUGCUACGUUACCAGUGAAUAAUGCUGUCGUGGAGAAUAAUAAAAAUGUUAUUUCAAAGCUCGUAACUCUGAAGCCUGUGGCCCCACAUUCUAGACCCACUACCCCAGUACCUGAGCCAAUUGCAGAUCCUCUGACUUGCACGAUAGUUCCUGGAAAGGAAACGACUAUCGAGGUUGUUACCGAUAAUAAAGGUUUGGGAAUUUUCUUCAUCGGAGGAAAAGAUACCCAGAUAAAUAAUGGAAUAGUGCUGGUGGAAAUAUAUCCUGGAGGUACCAUUGACAAAGACAGAAGACUGCAACCUGGCGAUCAAAUUUUAGAAGUUAACGGAGCAUCCCUAAAGGAUGUCACCAACACAACAGCUUCACAAGCUUUGAGACAAACACUGCCAAAGAUGAAAAUGAGCGUAUAUAGACCUAACAAUAUCGAGUAUUCUACAAUAGAAGUUGACCUAAUUAAGAAACCUGGAAAAGGACUAGGAUUAAGUGUUGUAGCUAGGAAAUCUGGAAAAGGGGUAUACAUAGCUGAUAUAAUAACCGGCGGAACAGCCGAUUUAGAUGGUAAAAUAGUUAAAGGUGAUCUACUGAUUUCAGUCAAUGGACAAAAUAUAGAAAAUUUAACUGGAGAAGAAGCAGGGGCCAUAUUAAAGACUGUCAUGGGUCGAGUUUCCCUUAAGCUGCGUAGAUAUAAACCUACUGCAAGAUAAUUAAUUCAUAUUAAGUAAAUCUUAAUUCGUUUAUUUCAUUAAUUUCACACUGAUAACUCAACAGCACUCUGAUAACAUUUUUUUAACUUGUUGAAGUAUAGAGUAAGGUCCAAAGUCCUUUGGAUAAACUUUUGUGGCCAACAAUGUUUAUCGAAAUAGCUUACAGUGAAAAGAUACCAAAUGCUUUAUUGAUGGGUAUUCUCUUAAAAUAAUGUAGAACACGUGGAAUUAUCCCAUAAAAUUUAUAUGAAUUUUUCAUUUUUUUCCUAAAACUUUCUUUUCGAAAAUGAUAAAAC